UCCUGUGGUGAUUACUCCAAGUACACGAACAUCAAUUUGUAUAAUAACUUGGUGACCAUCAGAGAGCAAGUUAUAGGAAACAUCACCACCUGUCGCAGCGUGGUGGAGACAACACCAGGUUGUAAACUGGACAUCGCUUUCAUAAUGGAUGACUCGACUUCAGUCAGCAGCACAGAGUUCACAGACAUGAAAAGCUUCUUCAAAAGUCUUGUCGCCCGAAUGGUUGUAGGUGAUACGACAGUAAGAAUCGGGGUCGUAACCUUUGGUGACGGAGCAGUUACCACUUUCCCUCUCAACCAAUACUCUACUUCUGCUGACGUCAUUGCUGGUAUUGAGGGUAUCAGCCGAGGAAAUUCGAGCUAUGGUAGGAGUUAUCGCUAUGUAGACAGAGCCUUGGAAUACACACAGAAGAGCUUCUUCACCAAGGCUAACGGAGAUCGUACUGACGCUGCUAAUUACUACGUCAUACUUACACACGGGUAUUCCUACGGAUACAAGACCACGGAAUUCGGAUCAGUGUUACGCUCAAUGACCAGCGUAAUCAACGAUAUAUUCAUUGUUGGUGUUGGUAUCACGUCUUCCACCUAUGACGCGGACUACCAGGGGGCAGUCAGCGACACAAAGAAAUACAUAGAGAGCAGUAACUUCAUAGGACUUCAGUGCAUUAACGACAUGGUGGUCUCUAACAUCACAACGUGCCCAUUAGCGUCAAUUACUCCUUCUACUCCUUCCACUCCUGUAAAUCCAAGUUGUAAGCUAGAUAUAGUGUUUAUUCUGGAGACAAAUAAAUACUCUUCUGAUGAAAACUAUAUCUACCUGAAAGAUUUUUUCUCCAAACUAGUUCAACAAAUUGGUGUAUCGUCCGACACAGUCCGUAUCGGCGCCAUAAGAUACAACAGUAAAGCAUACACGGCCUUCGAUCUUCAAACGUACACGGCUAGUGAUGACGUCAGUGACGCUUUGUUGCAGCUAUCAGAUUCUACAGACAGUGGAUUCCUUAUAGAUUCCGCACUAUCUUACGCGCAAUCGACAUUUUUCACUGCCGCCAACGGAGAUCGCGAUGACGCAGCUAAUUAUUACGUGUUUACAAUAGAUGGAAUAAGGAGUGGGGCGGCAAAACAAGGCGAACUGAUCGCAGCUAACUGGCCAGACACGGUCUUCGCCAUUGAUAUCAACAGCAGUUUUCCCACAGAAUAUGAAAACACCACUGGAGACAGUAGCCGCUAUUUCUAUGCUGCAUCCUACGCAGACCUGUCCUCUAUUGAAUCGUCAGUUUUGGCGGCCAUAAGCAGUUGUCCGGUUCCCAUCACUACUACUACUACAACUACCAUUGACAGAUCAGCUACCACCACUGUAGACGACUCCCGGGAGAAUGUCAAUGUCUCUGCCCCGUGUCCAAACAGUUUACUUUAUCUGUAUCCAGAGGAUUUAACUGCAAGCAACGAUGGAGCGAAAGGAAUGAUGUACCUGAUGACAGAUUUUGUUUUUGCCGCACCUAGUUGCUCGCGCAUUACAUCAUGGGAAUUUUCCUACUCGAAAUCUGGUUGGAUAGAUUUUAUGGUGUGGAGACCUCUAGGGAAUAAAUAUAAACUGGUGGCAUACAAUACGAUCUAUGUUGAUGGUGCGAAUACAACUGUCUACACUGUGGAGGAAUACCAGAAAAUUGCAGUGCUUGAAAACGACGUCAUUGGGUGGUAA